AUGGUAUUCAGGAUCCCAUUCUACAAAGUUCUAGAAAGGAUCAGUAACCAACCGUAUUACAAAGCGCCAGAGAAUAUCCUUGGCGAGUUUAUAGGAAGGAGCCUUGGGAAGCAUUGUGCUUACUAUAAUGAGGAUAGGCACUUGACUCAAGGAUGUAGGGUUCUGAAGACACACUUAGAGGAUCUGGUCAGACAGGGUCACCUGAGAGACCUAGUAGAUGAGGCCGGGAUAAGGGAAGAGCAAGCAAGGCUAUUGCAUGCACCGGCAAGGCUAUCGCAUGCACCGGCAACACCAUCUCCACCACCGCCACUGCAGCAAGUAGAUGAACCUCGAGUGAUCAAUAUGACUCACUCAAAGGUCAAUGAGAAUGAUGUAUGUGGGAAGACUCAGAGGGUAAAGCAUCUACAGCAUGUGUAUCAGGUCCAGCAAAAGAAGCCUAGGACAAUGGUUUCUUUUACUGAGGCAGACUUGGAUAUGGUGCAACAUCCACACAACGAUGCCCUGGUGAUAACGCUAAAGAUUAGAGAGUGCCAGGUGAGGUGCAUACUGGUUGAUCAAGGCAGUUCUUGUGACAUCAUGUAUGUUAGAUGUUACAAGGAGCUUUGCCUUCACCUAGAUGAUCUGGAAUAA